AUAAAUUUUAAGUAAUUUUUUAAAUUCUCAUAUAAGAAAAUAAAAUGUCGGAACCCCAGGAGGAAGGUGCAAUUGGUGGCGAUGUCAAUAACAAUAAUGAACAGGAGGAUCAGCAGCAUUCACAAAAUGAAUUGUUGGAUAUGGUAUUCACAUUGGAGAGCGAGAAACAGGCUCUCGUGGAAGAGUCUCGCAAGCGUAUUGGAGCCCUACGCAAAGAUUUUGAGGAAGCCCGUAUUGAGAAUGAGCGACUGAAGAAGCGUGUCGUUCAAUUGGAACAAUCCCUGAAGCAAUCUGUCAUGUUGGGUGGCACAGAAGCCCCCAAAUCCCGCCAAGAGCAAGAGGAACUUUUGCUGAAAGCCAAAACAUUGCUUUUUGAGAAGACCAAAGUAAAUAAGCAACAGGAGCAACAGAUUUCUGUUCUUAAGGAUCAGGUGGAAUCCGUUAAGGAUGUCCUACAAGUCACCAAAGAUAUGCUGCAGCUAAAGACCACUGAAUGUGAGCACACGCAGGCACGCCUAGAGAAGAGCCAUCUGUGGAUUAAGGCGGAACAGGAUAAAUGCGCUCUGACCGAAAAGAAACUGGACAUAUCCAAGGCCGUCUAUGACAAGCUGAGGGCCGAGUAUGAUACACAAUCAAAGAUAUUCAAAGACCUCAAAUCGGCCUAUGAACAAAAGGUAAAAGUUCUUAGCGUGGCACUGGAAGAGGCCAAGAAGUAAUUGAACAAUUUAAUAAACUAUAAUAAUUAAAUGCA